UCAUCGUGACAUGUCUUACACCGAGCUGGAGAGUGGCUAUCAGGGCCUGAAGCAAGCGUCUUCCGGCGAUGGUAUUGUCAGCGCCUUACAGACACCCGCUGGACGGCCCGGAUUCUACGUUGGCGAUGAGGUGAGUGCAGUUAUCAUCGCUGCUUUCAUUCAUUUCUAGUCUGCACCCCCCGGGGAACGAUGUGAAGAAGCCAAGGAUAUAUGCCCAAAACGAAACAAACAAAAAAUCAUAUUGAAAUUACAUAACACGAGUGCGCUUCUCCCUCGCGGUGUUAAUGCGUCUUUGAAGGAGCUGUUGUAUACGUAAGCAUAUCAUAAAUGUUCGUACUGUGCGCGAUAUAAAACGGAGCUAGCUCUUUCUACCAUCGUUCGAAGAUUGUACUGUCGCUCUCCCUGUUAUUCUUUGGGUAGAUUUGUUGUUUUUUUUUCUUUGGAUAGUUAGUGUUCGUUUGUAGCGAAUGCACUGCCCCAUGCACAUGCACCGAUGCAACACGAUAGUCUCUCAAAAUGAGGAACAGCGCGUGCACGACUAGUAAUCAAACUCCACUAAGAACUCGUGAUUUACGAUCCAGGGUUAAAUUAUUAACUUCUACCUCACACACUGGUUUCGGUUUGAGUCUUUAAUAUAAUUGCUCAUUUUAAUAAACAAAAAAACAUUGUUUUCAUUCCUUUCAACGGUGUAUACAUUUCAUGUCUUCAUCCAGAAUGUGCUCGUUAAAUUCUAAAUUCACUCGUUUCACCUGUUUAAAUGCAUGUACUUAAUGCAUAUUAUUCUAAUUACAUUGGUGUCUCCGUAGUUUAAUGAUUUUGUUUCUACCUAACCAUCGGUGGGUGAUUUUGUAAAGUAACUAAACGAAGAUCGACGAAUCGAUUUUCACACAUUUAUUGACUACGAGUUAAAGCAUUAAAGACGAGGGAAAAACAAAACCACUGCCCACCCAAGGGUUCUUUCUUUGGGAGGGGUGCAAACGGUGGACUAACCAAAGAGUAAAGGGGGUUGGAUUAUGUCACGUAGCCAAACGUGAAGACACCACAACCCCAGCGUUAAUGAGAGGGAUGAUGUUCUCGCAGGAGAGAGAAGAAAGCUGACAGAGCACGCGCUUCAUGGUAAUGGUAUCUUCGGCCACGCUUAAAGCGCGCAUUUUCAGUUCACUGUCUAUCUUCCGCAGUGCCAUUACGGCCGGGCAUUUUUAUACGCGCGCUGCGCGUACGAGCAUAUAAUAUUCGUGACGAAUUUAGUUUCCCCCGUGCGUUUCACCGUCGCAGUGUUUUUGUUUACCAUUCUAGGUUCGAUUGAAUAAAGCGACGAGAGCGAGAUGCGUGUUUUUGGAGCAUGGUUUUUGACGCAAUUUCCAGGAUGUGUAGUUUUGUAAUUUGUCAAAGAAUAAAACUCAUAAUGAACAACAGUGUUAUUGUGCGUUGUAACAGUGAAACAAUAAUUUGCACUUUGUAAAGCGAAUUGUGCGGAUAAAAUCAGAAGCCAAGGUGUAUAUACUACGUGUCAAGGAAGAGGAGAAAUCAACGAUCAACCAUCUAUCAUCCUUCUCAACGAUCAAUAAUUACAAUGGAAUGGUCGUGGUUGCGCGAUUGGUGGCGUAUGGCCAAGUUUCGCCGUGGUGAUCGUACAAAUCCAGCAAUCCAGCAUCACCGAAGACGUGGUAGUGGUAAUGUGACGGCUCCCGCCUUUACGGAUAGCAUUCCUGGAGAUGCUGCUGCAGGAACCACAGAACAGCUAGUGGGCGAAGGUGAACCAACACAGCCCGUACGGUUUUUCGUCGAUCGUCUCGAUUACCCAGAGGAUGGUGAUGGGGAGGAACAGAUGAUCGUAGACGAGGAUGAUGAAGAUCCAGACAGAAUACCGUACUCGGAUACAGAGCUGGACCGGCAGGCGUAUUCCGACUCCGAGGCGAUAUACGAUCAUCUGUACUGUGACUGUGAACAAUGUUCGAUGAUGAAUGGUGAUCUUGAUCCGACCGAUGGGCUCGAUUCGGACGACUCAUCCACAUCCGGCAAGCAAGUCGUGGUGGCAGUUUGCGCCAUGUCCAAGAAGUCACAGUCAAAACCGAUGAAAGAAAUAUUGACGCGGUUGCAGGAGUUCGAAUUCAUCCGCAUGGUGGUAAUCGGGGAAGAUAUCAUACUGAGCGAACCGGUGGAUCGGUGGCCAUUGUGCGACUGUCUUAUCUCAUUCCACUCCAAGGGGUUCCCGCUCGAGAAGGCGAUCCAGUAUGCGCAGCUGCGGCAACCGUACGUCAUCAACAACCUGCACAUGCAGUUCGAUAUCCAGGAUCGCAGACGAGUCUAUGCUAUCUUGGAGAAGGAGGGUAUCGAAAUUCCACGCUACGCUGUUCUGGAUCGAGAUUCACCGGAUCCAAAACAGCAUGAGCUGGUGGAAUCGGAAGAUCAUGUGGAGGUGAAUGGGAUUGUGUUUAACAAACCAUUUGUAGAAAAGCCGGUCUCCGCCGAAGAUCACAACAUAUACAUCUACUAUCCAACGUCAGCUGGCGGUGGCAGCCAACGUUUGUUUCGCAAGAUUGGUAGUCGAAGUAGCGUGUACUCGCCGGAAUCACGCGUACGGAAGACGGGUUCGUUUAUCUAUGAAGAUUUUAUGCCCACGGAUGGGACGGAUGUAAAGGUGUAUACGGUCGGGCCGGACUAUGCGCAUGCGGAAGCCCGCAAAAGCCCUGCCUUGGAUGGUAAAGUUGAACGAGACAGCGAUGGUAAAGAGAUACGCUAUCCAGUGAUACUGAGCAACGCGGAGAAGUUGAUUUCACGUAAAGUGUGCCUUGCCUUCAAGCAAACAGUGUGUGGAUUUGAUCUGUUGCGCGCGAACGGCAAAUCGUUCGUGUGUGACGUCAAUGGGUUUAGCUUCGUAAAGAAUUCGAACAAGUACUAUGACGAUUGUGCAAAGAUACUAGGCAACAUGAUAUUGCGUGAGCUGGCACCACAGCUCCAUAUACCUUGGUCGGUGCCAUUUCAGCUGGACGAUCCACCGAUCGUACCGACAACGUUCGGCAAGAUGAUGGAGUUACGGUGCGUUACCGCCGUCAUCCGACAUGGUGACCGGACACCGAAGCAAAAGAUGAAGGUCGAGGUACGGCAUCAGAAAUUUUUCGAAAUCUUCGAAAAGUACGACGGAUAUCGGUACGGACAUAUUAAGCUGAAGCGCCCGAAGCAACUCCAAGAAAUACUAGACAUUGCCCGUUCGCUCCUGGCAGAAAUACAGACUAAAGCGGCUGAUUCGGAGAUAGAAGAGAAGCAGAGUAAACUGGAGCAACUGAAAAGCGUACUGGAGAUGUACGGCCAUUUUUCCGGCAUCAACCGAAAGGUGCAGAUGAAAUAUCAACCCAAGGGUCGACCAAGAGGAUCAAGCUCAGACGAUGGUAAACACGAUUGCAGCACCUUUGUUUUUGUGUCUGAUGCACCGAAGGAACCAUCGUUGGUUCUCAUACUCAAAUGGGGUGGUGAGCUUACGCCUGCGGGGCGUAUUCAGGCGGAAGAAUUGGGCCGUAUUUUUCGUUGUAUGUACCCUGGAGGUCAGAGCCGUCAACCGGGCGUUGGUGAGGGUCCCGGCGCUCAGGGUCUCGGUUUGUUGCGGCUACACUCCACCUUUCGACACGACCUAAAAAUAUACGCAUCCGACGAAGGUCGUGUGCAAAUGACGGCUGCCGCCUUUGCCAAAGGUCUACUGGCACUCGAAGGAGAGCUAACACCUAUACUAGUGCAGAUGGUGAAAAGUGCCAACACGAACGGGCUUCUAGACAACGAUUGUGAUUCGAGCAAGUACCAGAACAUGGCAAAGUCUCGCCUGCAUGAGCUAAUGCAAAUCGAUCGGGAGUUUACAGCCGAGGAUCGGGCAGCGAUCAAUCCGGGCAAUGCGAUCAGCAUCAAUCUGGCGAUGAAUUUUGUCAAAAACCCUGUGCAAUGUUGCGCACAGGUACACUCGCUGAUUCGAUCACUAAUGGCCGUGGUUGCGGUCAAGCGGGAUGAUCCGAAAACGCGCGACGCAGUUCUUUACCAUGGUGAAACAUGGGAGCUAAUGGGAAGACGAUGGGGCAAGAUAGAGAAAGAUUUCUGCACCAAAAACAAAAACUACGACAUUUCCAAGAUACCGGACAUCUACGACUGCAUCAAGUACGAUCUGCAGCACAACCAGCACACGUUGCAGUUUGAUCUUGCCGAAGAAUUGUACAUUUCGGCCAAAUAUCUGGCCGAUAUUGUCAUCCCACAGGAGUAUGGUCUAACAAUGCACGAGAAACUGACGAUUGGGCAAGGAAUUUGUACGCCUUUGUUGAAGAAAAUACGGGCAGAUCUGCAACGAAAUAUUGAGGAACUUGGUGGCGAAGAAAGUGUCAAUCGACUGAACCCACGCUACAGCCACGGAGUGUCCAGCCCCGGACGGCAUGUGCGAACGCGACUGUACUUCACAAGCGAGAGUCAUGUACACUCGUUGCUAACCGUACUGCGACACGGUGGUCUGCUGAAUGUCCUGACUGAUGAACAAUGGCGCCGCGCGAUGGAAUACGUAUCCAUGGUAUCGGAGCUAAACUACAUGUCGCAGAUUGUGAUCAUGCUUUAUGAGGAUCCUAUGAAGGAUCCUAGUUCUGAGGAACGGUUUCACGUUGAACUCCACUUCAGUCCGGGUGUCAACUGCUGUGUACAGAAAAAUCUCCCACCCGGUCCCGGCUUUCGCCCGCAUAGCCGAAACGAUUCUGUGACAUCCAAAAAUGCGAGUGGUGAUGAAGAUACAACAUCAAGAAUCGAAGAAGAAAACGACACUGAAGAGGAAAACUCGUUUUCACACAACUCUUCUUUGCAACAUACACCUUCAAAGACGCUGGCCCGUGCUGACACAGACAUUGACAAUAUUGUGGCCGGUGCUGCUUCUGCUGUAGUGAAAGAGCGUCGAAUGAAGAAAAUCAAAUCGUCAUCACCAAUACCGAUUGGUUCGUGCCAUACCGUAUCCGGACAUGAGGCGAUGGAUUUGGCAAAACGUCUCAGCGAAGAGCUGGCUGUGCAGCAGCAACAACAGCAACAGCAACAACAGCAGCAACAGCACCAUCUAACGGGUUCGUUCGGUUGUGGCAAUGCGAAAGACAUCACACGCCCGCUCAGUCCAGAUUCUGAGCCGCGGGCCCGGUCCUUCGAACAUCAACAGCAACACCAUCACAGUCAUCAGCACCAUCACCAUCAUGGCAAAAUGCACCAUCACCGUUCAAAGGGAAAAGGAGUUUUGAACAUGACCACAUCGCGGGGAUCGGCGGAACGUUGCAAGGCAAAAGAUUUGCAUGAACCAGACCUUCAGAGCGAAGGAUACGAACGAUGCGACGUUUGUGAGUCAUUCACAUUGGAAUCUCAGGGAUCUUUCGUUAAAGCAGAUCUGACGUUUUCGGCGUUGCCAUCUUUACAAGCUCAGGAAGAGGGCGUAAAUUCUUCAUCUGCACCAUUAUGCGAUGAUGCGGACGUGCAGAAAUGGCCUACUGAAGUAAACAUAGCAAUGAAAGAGGAGAAUAUUGAUGUUAGCUCAAAGCAAAGUACCCGACCCAGCUUGUACAUUGGUCCACCAGAAUCUUCCUACAGUUUGGAUUCGAUCAAUGAAUUUACACCGAAUCUCGACGAUCAGGAACUCUACGUGUCGUCGUUUUCCGAAUCGGAGGACGAAAACGAUACUGAUGCUAGCGAUUCAGAACCCUCAAGGUACUACAGUGCACUCGGUCAGCAUGACUCCGAACUAGAGAGUGCCGUCAGUCAUCACUAUCUGCGACGCUCCCUCUCAUAUACCUUCUCAAACGAUCCAGACCGCUACCACACGAAUGUGGACGAGAAUUGUUGGCCGUGUGGAAGGAAAAUGUCUUCAGCAGAGCUGAAUGAACACCGUACUAUGUCACUGAUGACACGCAGUUUCGACGAACUGCUGAUGGAUGCGAACGAUAGAUACUGUGCAGGUCAUACAAACUGUUCCUGCAGAUACUGCUGGGCGUCUCAAAUGCCACGGUUUGCUUUGCACACGUACGAUGUAAAUGAAGUGAACGUUAGCGGACGUCAAAGUCGAUCGUUGAGUCCUCCGUACCCUAGUGUGAGACGUUUCCGGUGUAACACUACCGCCGGGGUAUCGCAGCCAGACGCAUCUCACCCGUCAACGCUCCAGGUACCGGGUGGGAAUAAAGUCAUACGGCACGAUUUAAGUGAUCAUGGGCGCUUAAGGCUCGUACGUUACCCAGUACGUGCGAUGACGCGUUUCGCUAGCGAUCCAUCGCUACCGUUAGGUAUCGCCUGGACCGAAGCGUCUAAUACAUUGGAAAAAGGAAUAAGCUUUAGACCUCAUUUUGGUACGGCAAAAGCAGCGGAUCAUUUGGUGGACUUAGCGAACCAGCUUGUGUUUGUGACGCUCACCACACCACCACCAGACGACGACGAUAGUGAGCCACUUCUGAAGCAACUCUUCAAUACUGGUGGUACGGCACAGACACGAUCGUUUGAUUGUGAUUACGAGGCGGAAAGAAUACAGUCCACGCUCAUCGAAAUCCUGCCCUCGUUUGGUUCGAACUACGGUCGUUCGCACUGUGCUGGUAAAGACGGCAACGACGAACAAUGUCAAACUGCUUACAAUUUUUCAACCCGUACUCAUCACGACGCCAUCCAUCGUUCAUGCGGUGGUAGCGCUAAUCCAUCAAGCGAACACGAUGGAAGUGUUCCUGCGUCCAUAUGCUCUUGUCCCCAUACUUCAUCUAAUGCUCCGUUGCCUCUGUCGCCAUCUAAUCAAGCACCAUCUACCCAAGUCGUCCCAUCCAAUAUUGCCAUGUUGCCCCGUAGUAGUGUCGAGACUCAUCAAAAUUUGGAAAACAUUAUGACCGCCAUUACAAAUCCUCGUACCGCUUCCCUAUCUACCACUACCAGUAAUAACCGUACGCAAUCUGCUGAUGUAGAUUGUACAUCAACCACUUUAAUUACUAAUGCUACUAUUACUACUACGACUUCUUUUCCUACCACUGUGGCUACGUCUACUUCCGUCACCACUACUGACACCACCGUUUGUUCUGCCGUUGCUAUUUCUUGCGCUACAUCUGUGGCUGACACAAGUAACAUCUUUUCGACUUGUUCUUCUUCUGUUCAUACCACCAACAUGACUACCUCGUCCGCUAUUGGUUCACUAACCAUGCCGUCGCUGGUCCCUGUCGUUACCGAACGCAAAAAACCUCACUGUCCUACCAAACUGUUCGUCAAAUCGUAUACCAUAGACGGUAGCAGUGGUGCUGGUUACGGUUCGAUGAUGGCUAGCGCUAUCUCCGCUACAACCACUACAACCAUAACGACGACGACGACGGUGUCCGGGGCAGGCGAGACAGCAACAGCAGCAGAACCCAACGAAGAUACAGCCACUAAUAUCACCAGCACAGGCAGCACCAUCACCGGCAGCUGUCUGUACUGCUGUGCCGGUGGUACGGCCACCGUUUCUAGGCUGGCAGGACCGGGCGCACUGUCGCAUGGUUCCGGCUCCUUAUCGUCCUGUUGCUGCUGCUGUUGCUGCUGCUGCUCGACACCCUCGUCGUCAGCGGGAGGGCUCGCCGGGACCGGUGUCGGAGGGCCUACGGGAACAUCGAAUGCUACGACGGUCCGACGCCAGCGGCACAGCAUUGCCGGCCAGAUGAGCUACUUUAAAAUGUUAGGUACCUUCAGUAAAAAGAUGGCGACCAGCACAAACAGUCUGUUCAGUACCGCGGUUAUCAGCGGCAGCUCGUCCGCCCCAAACUUGCGCGAUAUGAUACCAAGCACCGCAUCACCGUCAGGUUUCGGUGGCGUACCACCAAUACGCCCGUUGGAAACAUUACACAACGCGCUUUCGCUCAAACAACUGGAUGCGUUUCUGGAGCGUAUGACAAUUGGGCCACUGUUUAAAACACCCGCAUCCUCACCGCCACCGAAACAUCCCCUGAUGAAUGCAGCGACGGCAUCUACAUUAGCCAACGUCGGAUCCAAAAGUCCACUGUCGGUGGUGAAUCGUGAGAACUUCCCGGAGGGUGUCACCAUACUAGCGCAACCAUCCUCAAUCGCUCCACUAACGGGCGGUGUGGAGGAAAAAAGCACCGGCCGUGUAGGAAGCCGGGACUUUGCUCCGUUCGCAUCGGUUGGUCAUCAGGGAGCGGCGACAUCAACCGGUGGAAUAGCAGGAAUGCCUGGUGCCGGGACUACGUCUAAUAAUGGUGCUAAUGUUACAGGAGCGCAGCAGAGUUGGAGUGACCAUUCGAGCAGUAUGACCAGUAGCAUCAGUGCACUGUCGAGCGGUGGUCCUUCCUCGCCUAACUACUCCGAGGUUUAUUCGCGCGGUUGCCCGAGCAGUGACAUGUCCGCAAGCAUUACAAGCAGUACCGAUGGCAGCCUGGCGGCCAUUGUUGGUGGCGGUACUAGUGAGCAGCUAGUAGCACUGCCGCAGCUGUUCACUCAUCCACAACCAUCCGCCGCAUCCGGUGCGCGGAUGUCACCGAAGCAUCCGCAUAUGGAUCUAGCCACGGUUGAAUCGUUCGGUAAGUGCGGAGAGGAAGAAGCGAGACAUCAAGAUGAACAACAUCUUGCUUGCUCUGGUGACACUGUUGUUACGGCGGUGCGCCGUGACGGAUCGCUGGAAACUGCCUCUGCUGUUGAUGCGUAUCUUCGGCGCAGCUCCACCAUGGACAUUAGUGGAGAUUUAACACCGGUUAGCGGAUGCUCUGAUUGGGAAAGCAACACAAACGAUGCAACGAAAGGUUCAACAAAAAACUAUGAUUUGACGACGGCAAACACGACCGAGGAAGAUGAUGAAGAUGCAACAAUCUCCACCGACACGUGCUUGAGUGUUGGUGAGCAGGAACAGCAGCAAUGGCCGUUGAAGACAACCCUGGAUUUGAAUUCCGCUCCAUCCGCCAUUGACAUUGUGCCGAGUAGUAGCUCUUGUAUAACCGGUACAGUUCCUGCUUCGUUCCCCUUCAGUGAACAGGUGCUCGGUAGAGGUGAAUCACUAGACAGCGGUGGUAAGGUGGAUAACCGUGUGCGUGGUAGUCGCAUCCAGCGGCAGAUCAGUCUGUAUGAAAAGGAAAGCCGAACAGUGGAGGCAAAGUACACGCCAAAAGCGCAUGAGUGGUGUGGUGAAGGGCAUAAGGUUGAAGGAUCAGCGUGUGCAGUACAACUGGGUCGUCAACAUCAAUAUCCAUACAACCAGCAACACCAUCCGCAGAUGCUGCAGACAUUGCACAUGUCGUUUGAUGAGUUGCGCAAAGAGAUGCCUAACAAUGAACGAAGCACGGAUCGUCACCAAGAACAACUUCCGCAUGUCCGCUCGACUGAAGAACCGAACAAAAGUUUCCUGAAAAGCUUAGCGUCCGUAACAGGCUCACAGCAACGAACACUAACCUCCACAGUACAGGAUGUUGCUGGAUCGACAUCACUCUCGAUUCACACACCCGGUGCAUUGGUUAUCCGCGAAGGUUAUAUCGAACCACCGAGAUUGACCCGCGUCACAAAGAGCUUCCACGGCAAAACAGAUCACCAAAAGCUUAGUAUCGAACUGCAACAGGACGCGAGCAGAUCUUCCACUGAUGGGGGUGGAGGACUUCGACGGGUAAGUGAUAGUCCUGUUGUGGAAACCAAUCGGCACAGUAAAAGUGCACUUCGCCAGCAGCACUCCAGCGCCGGUAUCAGCAGCAGUCAGGGACGCUUCACGACAUCGAUCGUACAAGAAUCGGAACAGUUGAACACGGUUGAUGAAGUGCAAGCUUCCAGCCAGAAACAGGAACACGUGCCGAACCCUUCGUUAGCUAAAUAACUACAACCUUGAAAACGUAAACGCUGUGUGGAACUGGCUGUGCUUUCGAUGCUGUAUAAUUUAUGUUAAUCCGUUGUUGUUGGUCUUCAAAAAGUAUGCAUAAACAGGUAGUUCUAGGUAACAAAUCCAAAUUUGUUCGAGUCUAUAGAUACUAGCAUCAGAAGCAUUUGCUUCAUGUUUAAAUUAUAAACUCCAAGAAUUUGAAUUAGCAAAAACAUAGCGUUAGCUAUGUACCACAAAGUGCUCUAGCCUCACACAAGACCUUCCGGAAUAUCUGCUUGAAACUAUCCGUAGCAGGGUAGUAGCUCAGAGUAGCAUUUUAGUGCUACCAAUACUGUUGUACGUGUUAAUGAAUAAAUUAUUAUAAUAAACGUAGGGGGAAUGAAUGCAAUAAAGCUAAACUAUAAAAGAAAA